AUGGCGCCCACCGGCAACGGCUCCUCUGCAUCCACUCCCGCGGAUGGCUCCAAUGCUAUGACUUAUGUGAAUGCCAUUCCUGAACUGGAUGGCAACAACUAUGGGAAAUGGUACCAGAAAUUGGAGAUAGCUCUGGCGAUGGCCAAUAUAGAUUUGGCCAUCACAACGCCAGCUCCACAAGAACCAGAAAAACCCGUAAGGGCACAGAAGGAAGAAGCAGCUGCUUGGGCUAUCCGAGAGAAGAAUUAUGACUCUGCUAUGACCAGAUAUGAUGCUGAAAAGACACGUUGGAAUGAUUCCAACCGCAAGUGUCUUAUGGUCAUGAAGGGUUCCACUUCAGAUGCCAUCAAGAUGGCAAUCCCAGAUUGUCACACCGCUUCAGAAUAUUUAGCAAAGGUGAAGAGUCAGUUUACUGGUUCUUCCAAGGCUUAUGCUGCCAUUCUUGCUGAGCAGCUUAUCACCAAGAAAUACACUGGCGGUGGCAUCAGAGAACAUAUCUUAGAAAUGAGCCACAUGGCCAACAAGCUUAAGACAAUGGACAUGCCUUUGCCAGAAAAGUUCAUUGUUCAGCUGGUCUUCAAGUCCCUACCAAAGGCGUUUGAGGCAUUUCAUGUCAACUAUAACGCUUUUCCAGAAGAUUGGGGAAUUGACAAGCUGAUUGGCAUGUGUGUUCAAGAAGAAGAUCGCCUUAAGAACUCCAAUGGUGGUGAACUUGCUUUUCAAGUUCAGCACAAGAAAAAGAACUUUCAGAAUAAGAACUUCCAGCAUAACAAGAGACCUUUCCCACCAGCCAAGAAUCAGCAUGAGAGUGGCUCUUCCAGACCACCUCCACAGAAAGACUGGGAAAAUUUUCCAGUUGAACAAGACCAGUGCCUGAAGUGCAAAAAGAGAGGGCACUACAAAAGGGACUGCCCAGAAUUUCUGAAAGAGUUGUUAAGAAAUGGGAUCAAGUAUGAGGAGGACCCUGCCAAGAGGCGCAAGAAGAAUUAA